ACUCCAGUUUUGUCAGAACACUGUCCGCUACCUGGGUUAUGAACUCUCUCAGGGCUCACGGAAGUUAACUGCUGAACGAAUACAAGUUAUCAUGGACACUCAGCGGCCUGCCACUAAACAGGCUUUACAGGCCUUCCUCGGCCUCAUCAAAUACUGCCACCACUGGAUCCCAGACUGCUCUCUAUAUGACAAAUGUCUGCGUGCUGCGGUGAAGCAUUCUGAUCCUUCAUCCGCACCUCUCUCAUGGACUUCAGAAAUGCAGGCUGCUUUUGAGGCCUUGAAACGGGCCCUGUGUACAGCUCCUACUCUGGGACUCCCCAACUACAGCCUCCCUUUCCACCUGUAUGUUGCGACUCAGCCAGGAACAGCCUCUGAGAUGCUGGAGCAGGAACGUGGUGGGGGGGGGGGGUUUGCAACCUUUUGCAACCUCGACUCUGUGGCUCAGGGUUUGCUGGCCUGUCUAUGUGCUGUUGCCGCCUGUGCUCUGAUGGUAACUGAUGCUGAAAAGAUCGUUUUAUCUCAUCCUUUGAUCUUACACACCUCACAUCAGCGCAUGCCCUGCAGCGCCUUCUUAAUGCACAGGAUGAUUGUAUGGGUGACUCUGAUCAUGAUUGCCUUACUGAAAUAGUCAAUGCCACUAGCAUUCGCCCUGACCUCUCCUCUGUUCCCCUACAGACAGGUGAUGUCCUCUUUGUAGAUGGCUCUUGCUCCAAACCUAGUGAUGGUGGUUAUCUUUGUGGCUAUGCUGUUUGUCGAUUACCUAACACUGUCCUUGAAUCUUUUUCUCUCCCUUUCUCCUCUGCACAGGCAGCUGAACUCUUCGCUCUCACUCGUGCCUGUGUUCUCGCUGAGGACGCUGACGUCACUAUUUACACUGACUCUCGUUAUGCCUUCGGAGUAGCUCAUGAUUUUGGCCGCAUCUGGCAAUCUCGUGGCUUCACUGCAGCUGACGGCAAGCCUCGUUAGUGCAGGAUUUAAUCACCGCCUGUCAUCUGCCUCGUUCUGUGGCCAUUGUUAAAACUAGGGCGCAUUCCUCUGGUGACACCGAUGAAGUGCGAGGGAACAGUUUUGCUGACCGAAUGGCUAAACAGGCUGCGGCUUCACGCCCACUUCCACCAAAUCUAUCUCCAGCCAUGGUCUCUGUUAACACCAUGAUCAGUGCUGUUCUACCUGACAUGGAUCUCCCUUCGCUGCAGGCUUCAGCUUCGCCUGUUGACCGUGAAUUUUGGACUAGUCAGGGUGCGACUGAUUCCUAUGUUAUUCUAGAUAACAAGGGCCGUGUCUGUCUACCACGACAUUGUACUCCUUUUCUCAUCCGCGAGUUUCAUGGCCCCACUCAUCGCGGACGAAGAGGGGUGUUACAGGACUUAUCUGAGGUUUUUUGUAUUUUCCGCUUACACACAGACGUGAAUAGAAUAUUAGACGGAUGUUUAAUAUGCGCACAGAACAACAUUUCAAGAGGUUUUAUCAGGUUAAAACUUGCCCAAAGCAA